AUGUCUGAUAUUCAUGAUACUACGCUUUUUACCAACGGUCGAUUCUUAAACAGCGGCGCGGUGCAACCGGAAGCACGGUUUCACACAACGUUGGCCAUUCAAAAUGGCAAGGUCAGCUUUAUUGGCAGUUGUGACGAUCCAGUCGUCCAAACAUACCACGAUGCUGGUGUGAAAGUGACCGAUCUUGGUGGGAAGCAUGUGCUUCCUGGAUUCAUCGAUGCGCACAUGCAAUCACUGCACAAGGUUGAUCUAGAUCAUGCGAAGGAUCUGGAGGAGAUUCGAUCGCGCAUCUUACAGUAUGCAAAGGAGAACCCGGAAAAACCGCGCAUACUGUGUAAAGGCUGGAUGCAUUCCAUGACUAACGGGGAAGCCAAGGCGAGCAUGCUGGACGAUCUCGACGUUGGGGGAAGACCCAUAUACAUAGAUUCCAAGGACAUCCAUUCGUGCUGGUGUAAUAGCUCAGCGUUAAAAGAGAUGGGUGUUCAGGAUUUGGAGGCGCCGGCUGGUGGAACGAUCGAAAGAGAUGCCGACGGGAAUGCUUCGGGUCUUUUGAGCGAAGCUUGCGUGCUUUUGAUCGUCUGGCCAUAUCUAGCAAAGGUCACGCCACGAGAUGAGAAAAUGGCGGCUUUGAGAACUGCAAUCAAAGCAUACCAUGCGGCUGGCUGUACUGGGUGUAUCGAUAUGGCGAUGGAUGAAAAUGCCUGGGACGCUAUUCUUGCUUUACGAUCUGCCGAAGGUGUACCGUUGCGAGUCGCUGCCCAUUGGUGCAUCAUGCCAGGCGAUGGAGAAGAGCAUCGAUUGCAGCAAGUUGAACGUGCUAUUGAGCUGAGUCAAGAGUUCAAUAACAAGACGAGCCCGGAUUUAAGGAUCGUUGGUAUCAAGAUCAUCUGCGAUGGAGUUAUUGAUGCCUGUACUGCAGCAUUAGCAGAACCUUAUACGUCCAAUGGUCAUUUCGAGGGUCCUAUCUGGACACCUGAAAUGCUCGAUCCCGUUGUCAAAAAAGCAAUCGAGGGUGGAUUGCAAUGCGCAUUGCAUGCAAUUGGUGAUCAAGCCGUUCACAACGCUAUCAAUGUCCUCGAAAAGUAUGGCAACCAUGGCCAAAGGCACCGCAUCGAGCAUCUCGAACUCACCGCGCCGGAAGAUGCAAAGCGACUUGGCCAACUGGGCAUUACAGCGAGCAUACAACCAGUACACUCCGAUCCAGCCAUUCUUCGUGCGUGGCCGAAACUUCUUGGCCCCGAACGGGUGAAGCGAGCAUUCGCAUAUUCUGACUUCGCAGAACACGGUGCACCGCUCGCUGUCGGCUCAGAUACCCCCACGGCACCCUAUGCACCUUUGCCAAAUCUGUACGUUGCAACCACCCGUAAAUCGGCGAGACAACCGAACAUGGGUGACGCGCCUGUCAAUGAGAACUUCAAGCUUGAAAUGACCCAAGCAGUAGCUGCUGCAACAGAGGGCGCAGCUUAUUCUUCUUUCGCUGAAGGUCGUGUAGGAAGUCUGGAAGUUGGAAAGAUGGCGGAUUUCUGUGUGGUGGAAAUGGAGUGGGAAGGGGAAGAAUUACUCAAAGCCAAGAUAUUGGGAACGUGGUUCGAAGGAAACCAGGUGUAUAGUGCUUAG